AUUCGAUAUUUCCCUGAGUCGAGAAAACCUUUAAACUUUCAAAGUCAACUAUAGAAACUUCUCUCUCAUUAAAUAUCACUUCAUAUAUUCCAAAGAGGAAAAGAAAAGCGCAUCUUUAUAAUUUGAAAAUAAAAUUUAUGAUAGUGUGUGGCUAUUUUUUUUUUUUUUAAAUAUAUUUUUGCAAAUUUAUGGAAAAUUGUUUGAAAACUAGGUCAUAUUUCACCCACGCAAAAGUUCCCCACCUACAAAUUUCGCGACAAAAUUGUGUCCAGGAGUUGAACAGUAACGCAUCAUCUUUCUUUGCAACGUGAUCUUGAGAUCCUCUAUACAACGUGAUCCUUGAUCGAUCGAUUAAUCGAUCGAUAAAGAUAUUACAGAGAAAUAGAUAAUUUAAAACAAGAGAAAAAUUGGUGACAGUUGGAAAAAAAAAGAAAAAAUGCCGGGUGCAGGAGGUCAGUCGACUCCAAGGACGACCUUCAGACCACCCUGGGUCAAAGAUGGACCAAAUCCUUUACCAAUGCCUACAGCCCCCUGGACUUUAAACAGACGUGAUUCAAAUCAAAAAACCGACGAUGCACCAGCUUUUACGAAAGUCACUCUCAAGAGUGUAUCGAAACCUGAAGAAGCAAAACCACCUGCUGAUCAGCCACGUAAACAAAGUAAAAUUACAAUCAUCCCUUCGCAAGUGAAUAGUAGCGAUAAUAAAAAGAAUACAGGUCAACCCCCAGCACUGUCAAAAGCGAGGGAAAAUGGACGACCUGAACCAGCCUCAAGACCACAACUUGAACGACAAGUUCGUGUCGAUAGAUCACGAUCACGCGGCGACGUUUUGCCAAUUUCCAAAAGUGAAAGCACAACUGGUGCACCCACGUUAUCAAAGAGUUCAUCCAGAGCAGCCAUUCCACCUCCACCGCCUCCAAGACCACCACCACCACCGCCAUCAAGAAAUAUUUUAAAAGAUCUAGCACCAUUAUCGGAAAAACAACAAAAAACAAUAGAAAUGUUAAAAUCUAGGCCGAGAAAACGACCUGAUUGGGCAUGUAUGAUGAAAGAGGUCGAGAGUGGCAAGAAACUAAGACAUGUCAAAUGUAACGAUAGAAGUGCACCAUUAAUUGAAAGAGUAGAUAAAGUUAUAACUGAUCCCAAAGGUCCAGUGCACUUUAUCUAUGAAUCGGAAAAAUCCAAUGUACACAAUCAGCUACUUCAUCAAAUUCAAAGGGGCGUAGCAUUGAAGAGUGUCAAAACAAAUGAUCGUUCAAGACCAAAUUUAGAAGGUUUAAGAAAAUUCCGAAGACAAUUGACAAUAGAAGAACAAAUAAAAAAGGCUGAUGAACCAGUAGAAGCAAUUUUACCAGAUGAAAUGGAUGAUAUUGAUGCUGUUAGAGAUGAUCUUCAAAGUACAAAACAAAUGCUCGCUCUAGAAUUAAGAAAUAAAGAAGCUCUUGAAAGAGAUAAUAAAAGAUUACAGAAAACUAAUUUGACACCUGAAACUUCGAAGCUACAAUCACUUCAAUUUAAACUACAGGCAAGAAUUCUCAAUCUCGAAGCGGAACUGGAACAUGAAAAAUCACAAAAAAGUAUUCAAGAAUAUAAAAAACAGGAUACAAAAUUAUCAGAAUCUUUAAAAAAGGAAGCUGAACAGGCGAGAAAAGAUGCUGAAAGAUUGGAAAAAGAUUAUGCAACUGUUUCUGAAGAAAGAGAUAAAACUAAAAAUGAAUUAGAAGACAUGAAGAGAAUGUAUGCUACUUUAGAAAGACGCAUGAAAGCCGAAUAUUGCGAAGAAAACAAUGAGGCUUAUGAUGCAAUAAUAGAAUUAGCAGAUGAUAGCGAAGAAUCGUUUUGGUACGGAUUUUCAGGAAUGGCAUUGGCUGGUUGUCCAAGUGCAAAGGAUGUUGCGAGGAUUGCUUCACAAAAAAGUAUAGACAAAUCAAAUAAAUCAAAUGCCAGUGAAAGUGAAGAAGAAACCGAAGAAGAAUCAGAAGAAGAAGAAAGUUCUGAAGAAGAAUCAGAUGAAGAAGAAGAUCCAAAGGCAGCAGAAGAAAAACGACUUCAACGAGAAUUAAAACUUCUACAAACAAAAAUUAAAAGUUUCAAAGACAAAUCCGAUAAUGCAAGAAAAGAAAGGCACGCACUUAGAGAACAAAUUAAACAACAAAAUAAAUUGCUCAAAGAAGAGAAAAAGAAAUUCAAACGUUUACAAAAAGAAGUAGACAAAAUGGCAAAAUUAAUGGGUGAUGCUGAAGAUGAGGAACACGAGGAUGAAGAAGAAGAAGAAGAAGAAGAGGAGGAGGAAACUGAAUCAGAAGACGAGUCUGAAUCUGAAGAAUCUGAGGAAGAUGAAGCUGACGAUGCAAAUGCACCUUUAGCAAAGCAAAAGAAUAAUUUACAGCUUCAAACGAAAAGGUACGAGGGACGUUUGGCAGCUCUUAAAAAAGGCAAUUACCUCCUAAAAGCUCAAGUUGAUCGUCUAAAAGACGAUUUAGCAAAACAACGCGAGGAAAGCCUUUCUUUACAAGAAGAUCUGGACUCUGUAUUAGCUGAACUAGGUUAGAGUGUCAAUUUCUUACUAUUUUUUCUAUAUAAGUUACAUUCAAAGUGCCUUUCAAUAUCCUAAACAUUCUUUUUUUUAUAUAAAAAAAAAUUAUUUCAUGUUGCAAAUAAAUUUUUAAAAAAAUGGUUCAAUAUCAAAACAUAAUCACAAACUAAAAAUACAUUUCUAUUACAAAGAAAACGAACGUAUUUUAAUAUAUACUAAAUAUUAAUUUAUUCUGUACAGAAAAAAGUUUUUAGUUUGGGGUUAUGUCUGGUAUUGAAUUUUUUUAUCUAUUAAUUGGUUAUAUAUUGGUUAUAACAAUAUAUUGGUAACAUAUAUUGCUUGAUUAUUUUAAUAUAUCAAAAAUAAUAAUGGCAGUUUGGAGGUGAUUCAAUUUGAAUGAAUCUAUAGUUAUAUAUAUAUAAUUAACAUGUGUUUAAGAAAUGCUACUGUAUAUUGGUUUUGUUAUUGAAUUGUAAAAUAUUUUUUAAUAAAGGCAAUUUCUGGCUAAUUGUCUAAAA